AUGCAGGAACAGUGGUAUUGGUCCGACCAUAUCCACACUGAGCUGGGCAAUGGAUGCUUAGCGACUGUAUGGCCGCUCAAAUCCAAGGAGGUGACAGAGUACUCCCCCAACGGGCUCCGCGAUUGCCGCGCGGAGCUCUCCAGGGCUUCGAGCGAUAAUGUUCCGUAUUUCGCUCGCCGCGACUCAUGUGGUCCUAUUCGCCACACGCCUGCCGUCGAUCGUGCGGCGCUGAAGAAAGUCAUCAGCACCUCCAUUCCCGAUAUGAUCCUCGGAAUAGCUGAACUCAAGAGUCUUGUGGCAGGAAAUAGCAGUGGUGACUGGGAAGCCCUCAUCUGCUGCAAGAACCCGAGAAAGAAAUAUUAUGUCACCAUCAGGCCUCACGUCUCUAGCAACACUGUCUCUAUGCUCCUUGAUGUCGCCGGCGGAUAUUCCAUGCUUAGCGAGUUCUCGACCCUACGAGAAGUCGCUAAGAAUUAUCGUAUCCCCGUCCCAAGGGCCGUCGAGUACGGCGACGGCAUAUCCGAUGGUGUACACGCGGAAUGGAUAGUACGAGGAAAUAUUCCAGGAUCCCGCCUCAGCGAAGUUUGGAAUUAUUUGGACGGCGCUCAGCGAUCCGCGGUAUGCGUGAGCAUAGGAAAGCUCAGGGCUGCCCUGUUAUCCCGCAAAUUUCAGAGGAUUGGUCGUAUCUGGACUAUCAAUGAAGAAUGCAAGGUCGGCCUUGGAUCACUAGAAGUUUCCCAGUCUGGCUUGAACAGGAUUGGGCAAUACGAAGACGCUAAAGAAUGGCUGAUUGCGAUAGCAAUGAGGAAGCUUCCUUGCUAUGGUCACUGCGCACGGUUAUCUGGCACGCAGCGAGCCCAAGUCGGCGCUGUCAUGUCGCGUAUCAGGACAUGCGAGGCCUUGAGAGACAAACGCUAUGCUCCACUCCGCUGCUUCGCCCUGGAGCAUGUCGAUCUUCACCCCGACAACGUCCUCGUGAAACCGGACCAGCCAGAUGCUAUUACGGGCGUGCUGUCCUGGGACUGUGCUCGAGUCGUCCCCGUGUUUGCUAUGGACUUCGAUUUCUUUGAUCGUCCAGAUUUUGGACCCGCCGAGAGGCUCAAUGACUUCAUUCUGGCUGCGACCGCUCUGCGGGUGCCUGAUCUGGGUCUUCUUCUAGGCUCAAAGCCACAUAGGCAGCUGCACCACCUGUACCACCUGGCUCUGCACAGUCACGAUUGGCAUGACUUGCGUAUGCCCCUCGAGGGGUGA